CACAGCUGACACACGCGUUUUGCCGGCAAAAUUGCGACUAUUUGUGAAUUUGCGGCAAUUAUAAGAAAUACAUUUAUUUUCCGACUACCUCAACAAGUGCAAAUAUAUUAUAAAUUACAACCACUUCUUAACAAGAUGAUCCACAAUCGUUGCCAAAACAUCGGAGCAGCAGUAGGAGCAGCAGUUAUGGAUUCACCAACACCGCCAAUUGUCAUUGACGAUUCAAACGGUUCAGCAAUGGACGCUUGUUUUACGGCAUUCGAUAAGGAUGGCGAUGACCGUCUGAAUCUGUCAGAAUUUACACUAAUAUGCCGUGCUCUAUUCCGUAAUGAUAAGGGUCACAUCUAUGAUGUGCCUCCCGAACGACUCGAGCAGAUAUUCGCCGUCUUUGAUACAAACGGUGAUGGUUUCAUUGAUAGAGAGGAGUUUAAAUUUUGCUGGAAUCAAUGGAUUAAAACGAUUGUGAGACCGGUGAACGCGUUUCUCAUUGUUGAUGUACAAAAUGAUUUUAUAAGUGGUUCCUUGGAUAUAAGUAAUUGCAGUGCACAGCAGCAAGGACACGAGAUACUGGAGCCCAUCAAUAAGCUUCUGGACACUGUGGAUUUUGACGCCGUUUUCUAUUCAUUGGACUGGCAUCCCAGCGAUCAUGUUUCCUUUAUUGAUAAUGUAAAAAUGCGUCCAAUGGAUGAAUCAUCAGCGUUGGAUGCCGAUUCGGCUCAGGUUUUCGAUACCGUCAUCUUCGCCGGUCCACCACCAAUGAAGCAACGAUUAUGGCCACGACAUUGUGUACAAGAUUCAUGGGGAGCUGAACUCCAUAAAGAUCUGAAAGUGGUGGACCAUGGCAUUAAAGUGUAUAAGGGCACCAAUCCCGAAGUGGAUUCCUAUUCCGUAUUCUGGGACAAUAAAAAACUCUCGGAUACCACAUUGAAUGCCCAGUUAAAGAUGAAAGGAGCCACGGACAUCUAUGUCUGUGGCUUGGCCUACGACGUGUGUGUGGGAGCCACGGCAGUUGAUGCGCUAUCCGCUGGCUAUCGUACCAUAUUGAUUGAUGAUUGCUGCCGGGGCACCGAUUUUCAUGAUAUUGAACAUACCAAGGAGAAGGUGGUGACUAGCGAUGGAGUUAUUGUCCAUACCAAUGAGGUCAAGGCCAUGGCUGAGGGUCGAGACCGACGUCCUGAAUUGGGGUAUAAACUUGCCAUGGAACUAAAGAGUCCCGAUUCUGUGCUUUCUCAGCGUAAUGCCUUUAGGCCUACGUAUUAGGAGAAAGUCUAAUGGUCUAUGGUAGAGGUAUUUGAAAAAACAAAACAAAAAAAUUUCAAAAACGCUAGGGAAGCAUCACUCUGGGCUUUAAUUUUCUUUGAAAAACAUUAUAUGACCUGGUUAAAUAGACAAAAGACAAAAAAUGAAAAUAAUUGUGGAUUUUAUGUAGUUUUACUAGAAUUAGAAAAUCAUAUCACACAAAACAAGUGCCUCUUGUAGUUUUGGCUAGAUUUUGCUAUACAUGAAACUUAAUUGGUAAAACAUUUUUAUUGUUAUUUAUUGUGGAAUUUUCCAUGACUAAAGCGACAGAAAAAAACGUGAAAAAACAGAUCAAAGGGCUUAAGUAUUACGGAUAUUAAUUUUGGGUAUUAGGGCUCUAUCUAGUUAUCUAGUUAUAUUUAAAAUGCACCGAAUCCUACAAAUAUUCCAUGUUGUGUGACUGCACCUGUUUGAAUAAUAAAUGGUAUAACAUUCUAUAAAAAAAAGAAUAUUACAAUACAAUAAUAAUGAUAAUUAUAUUUUGCCCUAAAAUAAGCUUAAUAUCAAAAAAAAAAAAAAAAAACUUAUGCUUAUGUACUUAAAUGAAAAUAAACAAAAUGAAAAUGUCAAAAAUUAAACAAAUUAA